CUUGUGCCAUUAUCAACCUGCUUGACACACAGCAGCGCCGAGUGCAGCCUGCCUUGCCAGGGUCGGACUGAAGCUCAAGAAACGACAAGGAGAAGCGAACAUCUGGCCGAACAUCAUGAAAGGACAGCGGGACUUGUAGCGAGAAAGACGACGAUACCGAAGGGGAAUAAAUGUUAUGAAGGAAGAAUGGAGUUCCCAGACCAUAGCCGCCAGUUGCUGCAGUGUCUGAGUCAGCAGCGUCACCAAGGUUUCCUCUGUGACUGCACUGUUCUUGUCGGGGAAGCUCGAUUCAAAGCGCACAGAGCCGUGCUGGCCUCCUGCAGCAUGUACUUCCAUCUCUUCUACAGGGACCAGCUGGACAAAAGGGACGUUGUGCAUCUCAACAGUGACAUUGUGACAGCCCCGGCUUUCAGUCUGCUCCUUGAAUUUAUGUAUGAGGGGAAGUUGGAAUUCAGCACUCUCCCGGUGGAGGAUGUCCUGGCAGCAGCCAGUUACCUCCACAUGUAUGAUAUUGUGAAAGUGUGCAAAGGAAAGCUAAAAGAUAAGGAAUUCUCCCCUCUGGAUGAAAAGAUGAGCGAGGGUUUGGGUCUCAGCUGUCUGGACAGGGAAAACUCCUCAGAUGGCGAGCUGCACAGUAAGCAGCUCAUCCGGCGACAGCCCCAGACACAGUCUCAUGGGCUUCAUCGGCCCCCCCUGGCAGAAGAAUUUGACACGGACAACAGCGAAGUCAGGCGGGCUGUCACAGAUUGUGAUAGGUCUACACAGAGCAGGCAGAAGGCAAACGGUCACUCUGGCAGGUCCCCGGACCUUGUAGGUGUCAAUUAUGUGUCAGCGGAGGCCGAGCCCUGCGUCCAAACAGCUGGAAAAACAAAAGCUGAUGUCAGUAGUUCCACCGUAUCACUGUCCCAGAGGUCCCGGGCUUCAGAUGACAUGGACUGUGCACUGGAUUUGUCUUUCAAGCCUCUGUCUAGUAGAGAUCCCUUACACCCCUCCUAUGUCUCGGGACAGCUGGCCCUCGACAGCCAGCAGCAGGGCACUGAGCCACUUGUUAAAGACGAACACGACUUGCUGUCAGAGCAGGAGGACAGUGAGCCGAUGAGCCCUGAGAGCCAGCGCUUUGGGAAUAGUGCCAGGAGCUCGGUGGUGACAGGGUUCGCUGCCCUCUUCCCAGGCAACAACGGCUCCACAGCCGCCCUGCUCUCCCAGGAGGAGGACCUGAUGGACGAGGAGGGGGAGGCCUGCAGGGGGAGGGAGGGCGCCCCGGGCAGGGAGCUAGAGGAGAGGAGGGGGAGGCUGCUGGGGGACAGCGAAGAGGAGGAAGAGGAUGACUUGGCCUCCUCAGACAUCUCGACCUCCAGCGGGGUGCUCCUGCCCCCGGGCCAACAGGUGUGUGUGUGUCCCCUCUGCAGCAAAGUCUUCCCCAGCCCCCACGUGCUGCAACUGCACCUCAGCUCCCACUUCCGCGAGAAGGACGGCGCACGCUCCAAGCUGUCCCCAGACGGCUCAGUCCCAACGUGCAUGCAGUGCAACAAGACCUUCUCCUGCAUGUACACGCUGAAACGCCACGAGCGCACACACUCUGGCGAGAAGCCAUACACCUGUGGCCAGUGUGGCAAGAGCUUCCAGUACUCCCAUAACUUGAGUCGGCACGCUGUGGUCCACACACGUGAGAAGCCUCACGCUUGUAAGUGGUGCGAAAGGCGCUUCACCCAAUCCGGGGACCUAUACCGCCACAUCAGGAAGUUUCACUGUGGCCUUGUCAAGACUCUCGCCAUUGGAUAAAUAAAAACACCUCUCACCAGUGCCACAACAUAAGACAGAAUGUCUUUUCAUACACUGAAUUCUACUACUGAACAGUUUCCUUAUGAAUACACACAUUUUUCAGUUUGUUGGAGACAUAUCAUUUGGAUUCUACCCGAUGUGGCAUUUGUCAAGUUUAAAAAAAAAAUGUAGCAACUGUACAAACUGGAGCCGUUUUCUGUGCGCACAAGUGGCCACAGGUUGUUUGGAUAAACAUGGCCGCUGUGAAACUCAUGCUGGAUCUGUGUGGACGAAGAUGAACAAAUCAGACGAUGCACUUGUUUGUUUCUGUCUAUUCGUGUCAACCUGUCGGAGUUUAUUUGAGGAGUGUAUCUGCUGAAAGAAAAGAAAAAAAAAAAUGCUAUGUUCAAACCUUAUGGGGGCAAAAUGCUGAGAGCUAAUGCUAAAAUAUGUUAAUACAAUCUUCAGACUGAGUGAGACUUUAAUUUGUGCACAUGGGAGAUCAGAACCGUCCGCAAGUAGCAAUAUAUGAUUUUUUUUUUUUAAUCUCCUAUAUUAUUAUUAUUAUUAUUGUUAUUAAUAUUAUUAUUUAUUUUGGAGAUUUUGUUUAGUCCUUAACAAGUAAACUGUCACGAGGCAGUAAAACUAAUGAAGUUUGACUACUGGAAGUAUCUUCUUUUUUUUUUUUCUUUAUGGAAGUAGAAGUUUUAUUUGGUUGAAAUGAAGUUCUAAGUUGUUUAUAAAAGAGGACAAGCAGACCAUCACAUCACCACAUUUCGUCUCGCCUUGGGGUGUGUUGCUAGGCUCUUCAGUUGCUAAUGUAAGCGAGCACAUGUUGACAGAAUGGCCUUGUAAUUGCUACUUUAAAAGAAGUUGUCUAAUCAGAGGAGGGCUGGAGAGUGGUUAAGAGCUAAUGCCUGUUAUGCUGGUGCCUACUGAAAACACUUCAUUUACUUAAACAAGAAUGAGAUGUACAGACUUGCCUUCUGGUCAAAAUCAGUACGUUUUCAGGCCUUACUUAAUAAAAAAAAACUGGAAAACCCUCCACAUAUCAGGAUGUAACAAAGGUAGUUGUUUAUUCUGGAGUGAGUGGCCUUAAAUACGUUUCAAGAAUGUGAUCAAAUUGCGAACCAAACUCUUGUCAAUAAAGCUUAUUAUUGACUUGUUUGAGUUAAAUGUUCAUCUUUGUCAGUAAAUGACCUCGUUAACACAUGGAAUGAUUUCGAGGGCACACUGACGCAGUGUUUAGGGCAGAUCCUCAGCAGGCAAGGACGGAAAAUACAGGUGGAUAAAUAGCGCUGUUUGUUCAUUUAGCUGUGCUCCUCGUGCCAUUCAGAUAAACCCACUGACCUUCCUUUUCUUUGAAUUAACUCCACAUUAUAUCUUCUUACUGUAUGUUUUACUGCUGAUGAAGCUGGGGCCUUAGGCGACGCUCUCUUUGCAAGAAUCUUUCGGCAUCCAGUGGAUUUUGUUGUGUCUGUCUACACAUGGAUGCUACAUUUAUUCUUAAACAAGGGCGUAGCGUUUGGAGUUCCUGAUGUUUUUGUCUCAUCUGUCCUGAGAAGACUUGAUCAGAUUUAUUUAUUAGUUUGACUUGGUUCAGGUUUUUACAGUAGGUGUAGUCUUUAUUUGUAUAAGCUUGAAAGACCUCACGUCUUGCCUAGCGAUCUUGGUACUCAUUAACUGGUAUUGGGGCUCAUUUUCUCUGUGCAAAUCGAGUUACUGUAAUCGCAUUUUAAUGUACAGUGUAGAGAUCUCUACGGAGGGUUCAAGAUUUGUCACAUGGAUCAUAGAGAAGCACUUGUUUUUUUUUGGUUUUUUUUAGCAUGCAUAUAGUUUAAACACUAUUGUCUAGGCUGCUAUUUCUUACUGUAUGUAUAUUUAAUGUAAAUAUAUAAUCUAUUUAUCAAACUGUUCAUUUUUUUCCCCGUGUCAACGUGAGUCAGGUGUCUUAUUAUCGCUGCAGUCUCUUAAAAGUGUCGCAUCCUUCACAGGAAGUUUGGUUCCCUUUUUCAUGUUGAAGACAACUCGAUCAGACCCAGAACAAAUCAGAACAUUUAACACCGCUGUGACCGCUGUUCUCCCACAGGAGACAGUUGUUCACAGGCGCAGCCUCACUGAUACAGCGCCGGCUACCUAUAGAAACCAGACAAUACAGGCAUUGUGAGUGUGUCCCCCCCCCAGCCCCCGCCCCCACCAGUCCCAGGUAGUUCUCAAGGGAUCAUUGUGUGUCUCCCUCCGAGCUGCAGGGAGAAAAGGCAGCACCGGUUUUUUUUUUCUCUUUGCACUUUUUCUGUAUUGAAUCGAGCCGUUGGAAUGUGAGAAAUGUAUUUUGCAAAAAAAAAAAGGAGAACAAGGACACUGUAAACAGGUGUAUUGUUUGGAGGCUUCAAAGAACAGACUCCCCUCCCUCCAUAUCCCAGCAUGUAGUAGAUAAACACUCCAUUGUUCCUCUACAUGGAGGAGCUGCCACGUUGAUUUGAUUGCACAUCUAUCAAGAGAAUAUCACAGUUAUUGGAGUAUUGUUUUUCCACGCGAGACUGAUAAUAACAUGCCUGUAAACUGUGGAGAAGAGGUCAGAUUUACCUGUCCAUUUCAACAUAGACACGCUGAGGUGUAUUUACUCUUUCAGGACACAUGAAUCAAUUCAUGUCUCAAUUUGCAUUUAUGUAUUUUAGAAUGUUCUUGAUCAAGAAGCCUUAGUGGAGAAGGAAUCGAACCAUUUCCCUCUGGAAAAACUGGGAUCUGUUUUCACUCUCCUCUGGCUCGAGUGAAUGCAGCUCGUGCAAAUUUGAAAUUGGCUGCCUGAUUACUUGCACAAACACUCCCGUUGUUCACAAGUUUAAUCACUUCUGUUAGUCGUCAGAUCAAAUAGGUAUAUUUCUGAUGUAGACCUGUUAAUAUUGUAUAUUUGAAUCAGAACACACUGGAAUGUAGAUUUUGUCACUAUUUCAUUUUUUUAAGGAACAUUUGUAUCGUGGUGCAAAAUGAACUGUUUGGUUUUCUAAUGUACAUGUGUACAGAGGUAGAAAAAACUAACAAAAAUGUGAUUCUUUUUUUUUUUUUUUUCCUUUUUAUUGUUUGAAGUCUUUAUUUAUACCUCCAGGAUGAUAACCAAAUGUGCCUUGUAGACACACAGAUAAGUGUUGCAUCUGGAGAAACCCUUUUUCUAUAUUGUACAUUUUUGCCCUAAUCUGCAGUGGUAACCUUCAAAUCAUAGCAGCAGUGGUCGCCCACUGAUUUUUUUCUUUUCUAUCAUUUCAAAAUAUACAUCAAGACAAACUAAAAGUCUGUUCAUUUCUGCUGCUUUGCGAGAGAUUACUUUCACAUUUUGAGAUUGAUUUGACUUUUUUUUGUUUCUGUGAAUACGUUUCUUUUUAAUGGCUGUGUUCAACUGAAGACAAGCGUUUUUUUUCUUCUUCUGAUUUGGCUUUUUAGAAGUCAAUACUACUGGGAACUAACAAGUCAGCUCCUUUAGUUAAUGUCACUGUUGAAUGUGAAACACUGAGAUGUUUGAUUGUUGAAUGGAAACAGUGCUACUCUUGAUGGAGGGCUAUGUUUGCCUGACUCAUGCUGUAUGACGUUUAAAAAAGGACUUCACUGAUACUGGAACUUUGUCCUCUGCAGGUUGCAACUGUGAAAUUGUGUAUAAUCAUGAGAAAUAUUUAUUAUUGCAUUUGCUACUUGUGCAACAUUUGACUUUCUCAGUUUUAAUUUGGAUUAAAAAAAAGCUUCUCAAUGUCAAACGGAAACUCUUUUUAAUAGAACUUGUAGAAGUGCCAUUAGAAUUUAAUAUAAUUUUUUAAAAUAAGAAAUGUAUAUUUUAUAGUAAUGAAUUACUUCAGUGUUAGGGGGUAGAGAUUAGAGGACAAUCCUUAUGCAGAAUUGACAUUGCUUAGAUAUGGAGGCGAUUUCAUUUGAUCUAUAAAUGUAUGUGCAUUUUCUUUGUUUUGCGCUUCUGGAGUGUGCCUAUGUGUGUGUGCGUGUGCGUGUGUGUGUGUGUGUGUGUGUGCUGUGGAAAUGUGACAAUCUUGAUUUAGGUCUUUCUUAAGAUUAUGCAUAGAAUUAAAAUGGAACAACUUUCA